AUGAAGCUCCAACAUUUUGUUACUCUACUUCCUGUCGUGUUACCUUUGGUGCAUGGUGCCCCUGCUCGCAGGGAUACCCCCAAUCCCGGUCUUCGAGGAAGCGGAUCGCUAGUCGGAUACUCACCAUCCAAUACUGGUGGCAGCGACUCACCACCCGACAUCAAGUAUACACUUCUUGCCGGGCAGAAGGAAGAUCCCAAAAUUGGGUCAUACCUCGAUUUCGAGAAGGCAGACAAUCCCCAGCCGAUCCGUGGUACUACCGGUGCUGAUGAUCCUGGCCCGAGUACGAGCCCCGUCAAUGCUAUCCCGCGAUUUGACUGCAUACUGAGUAUAUUGACAUUUAUCGUAGGAAACUAUUACUAUGACAGAAUCAAUAGUGAUAAGCUUGCACCUCCUGGAACCGAUCAUGGACAGACCAUCAAUGCGCAGUGGCCGAUGGGGUUGAGUCACAACAGAUUUGGAAUUGAUGGAGCUGGUUGGGCUCGCCAAGAGAACACAAAUGUUAUGCCAGAUGCGACGCUCAUGGCCGGUGUCGAUAUGCGCCUGGCACCUGCCGGUUACCGUGAACUUCAUUGGCAUGUGGCCGCUGAAUGGUCCUUGGUGCUGAAUGGAUCGUGUCGAAUCCAGGCUGUGAACGAGAACGGCGAGACAUUUAUUGACGACGUUGCUGCCGGCGAUGUGUGGUACUUCCCACCUGGCGUUCCUCAUUCUAUUCAAGCCCUCGAUGAUGGAGUCGAGUUCCUUCUGGUGUUCGACGAUGGAGACUUUAGCGAGGAUAAUACAUUCCUGGCAACAGAGGUCUUCCUCCACACCCCGAGAGAGGUGCUCUCAAAGAACUUUGGGGUUGAUUUAUCAGCAUUUGAAAAGAUCCCCGAAGACGAACUAUACAUCUUCAAGGGCACGCCCGCCCCGGCAGACAUCCAGAAACAGAAUGUGACGACAACUGCUGGCCUCGUACCUCGCGAUCAGAGCUACUCAUAUCACUUUUCCGAGCAGCCAGCCCACGAAGUCGCCGGCGGUUCAGUCAAGAUCGUCGACCCACUCACUUUCCCCAUUGCUAGAAACUUCUCCGCCGCUGUUGUUACCGUUCAUCCAGGCGGCAUGCGUGAAAUCCACUGGCAUCCAACUAGUGACGAGUGGACUUUCUUUAUUUCGGGUCAGGGCCGAGCAACGCUCUUCACUGCCCCAAAUGCUGCGACUACAUUUGAUUACGCCGGUGGUGAUGUUGGCUACUUCCCAAAGUCUAGUAGCCAUUAUAUUGAGAAUACCGGCGAUGAAAAUUUGGUAUUUGUGGAAGUGCUCCAGGCACCUGAGUUUACAGAUAUGGCUCUUGGUCAAUGGAUCGCGUCCACGCCGAGACAAAUCGUUGCGGAUACACUCAACCUCAGUGAUGACAUGCUUGAUAACCUCAAGACUGAGAAGCAGUAUGUUGUCGCUGGUCCUAAGAGUUAG